CUCUCUCUUUGUGACUAUAAAUGUGUUCAAUCAGCUCUUUCAACUUCACUUCAAUUUGUCUACACGGUUUGGAACUGCAAAUGCUGUGUAGUUAACUAACAGAGUCUUUUCAUGGAGAACGGAUCGCUGGAGGUUGUUUCUUCAAAUGGGUCCGACCGGACCCCAAUCUGGAAGAUCGUCAUUGUGGCCUCAAUCGCUGCAGGAGUCCAGUUCGGAUGGGCCAUACAGCUCUCUCUACUGACUCCAUAUUCCCAACAACUUGGUGUCCCUCACGCAGCCUCUAACUUCAUCUGGCUUUGCGGCCCAUUAUCCGGCCUCAUAGUCCAACCCACCGUGGGGUUCCGUAGCGACCAUUGCACCUCCCGCUUUGGCAGACGCCGCCCUUUCAUUGUCGCCGGAGCAAUUUUCAUCGUCCUUGCAGUCCUCCUAGUUGGUUUCGCAGCUGACAUUGGCCACCUCGCCGGUGACAGUCUAAAACACCCUAUGAAACCUAGGGCAGUCGCAGUGUACGUGAUAGGGUUUUGGAUUUUGGAUGUGUCGAACAACAUGUUACAGGGUCCAUGCCGAGCUUUGUUAGCAGAUCUGUCCGGCGAGAAUCAUAAAAUGAUGAGGAAUUCAAAUGCGAUGUUCUCUUUCUUCAUGGCGGUAGGAAAUGUUCUCGGUUACGCAGCCGGUUCACGCGGCGAAUUACAUAAAAUGUUUCCGUUUUCACGAACAAAGGCGUGUGAUGUUUCUUGCGCGAAUUUGAAAUCGUGCUUCUUCUUGGACAUUAUUCUACUUACAGUAGUAACUACUGUGGCAGUUCUAUCAGUGAAGGAGCAAAAAUGGAGCGGAGAAGAUGAUAAAAAUACAAUGGACAAUGAAUCAAGAAAACGAAGACCACUGUUGGGCCAACUAGUGUCUACGUUCAAAGGACUAUCAAGGCCGAUGUGGAUUUUGUUGUUGAUUACUUGCUUUAACUGGAUAGCGUGGUUUCCAUGGGUAUUAUAUGAUACUGAUUGGAUGGGGAAGGAGGUUUACGGAGGAAAAGUAGGCGGGAAUGCAGAGGAGAAGAGGUUGUACGAUAGGGGUGUGCGUGCGGGGUCGUUGGGACUGAUGUUGAAUUCGGUGGUGUUGGCUCUGGCUUCUAUGGCUAUUGUGCCGGUGUCAAACUUGGUAGGUGGAGUGAAGAGGUUGUGGGGUGGUGUGAAUUUUGUGUUGGCAGUUUGUUUAGUUGGGACGGUUUGGGUUACAAAGGCUGCAGAGGGUUGGAGGGCUGAACACGGAAAUCAAGCCUUGAGGCCACCUCCGAAUUCUAUCAUGGGAGCCGCUUUGGGUCUCUUCUCUGCUUUGGGUGUUCCUCUUGCAGUCACUUAUAGUGUUCCGUUUGCAAUGGCAUCAAUAUUCUGUUCCAGCUCUGAAUCUUCUUCUUCUUCUUCUAAUGCUGGGCAAGGGCUUUCUCUGGGACUACUAAAUGUGUCCAUAGUGAUACCACAGAUGUUGGUGUCACUAGUGAGUGGACCAUUGGAUGCAGCAUUCAAUGGAAGUAACUUACCGGCAUUUGUGUUGGGAGGUGUGGCUGCUGCGGUUAGUGGGUUUCUUGCUCUCUUCAUGCUCCCAAAUCCACCACCAUCUACUCUUCUUCAAAACAACGUACUCCCCAGUGGUGGUCACUAAAUCCAUCGACUUGGUACAUGACAUUACUACUACUGUUAAUUAGUUCAAUUUUGGUUUCUUAGAUUUUGUAAUCUAAUUACCUUCUUCUUCAGGGCCUAAGGCCAUGCCAAUUGUUUUUAUGUUCUUACAGAGUGUCUGAACUUGUGUACCCUUUUUUUGGUGUAAUAUGUC